GUAGAUGCAGAACUCAGCAGCACUGAGCAGAACGAAUGCGAAGCUUUGCGGAGACUUAUCCAGCCGAUACGUGCAGGUGACCUAGUGGCGGUGCUCUCGGACAGUUGGCUGCAGACUCUUGCUGCCGUGCUCACGCGCAAGAGCGUUGACUCUGCCCUGGCAGCAGGAGGGCUUCCGCAUCUGGUGGCCGACCUGGUUGCAGCCGGCAGCAGCUUCCUGAACAAUCCUGAAGGCUGCAAGCAGGUUCGUGAGCGUGGUCUCUACAUGCUAUUGGGUUGCUGUUAA